ACACACCGAUCGGUAAUCGUCCUUAUCAUCCUUUCUUCUUUUUAUUUAUUUAUUUUUUAUGUUUUUUGAAUCUAGAAAAGUAAAAUUUUCGAUUCGAUUUAAUCGGUUUCAAUAAUUCACGAGUUAGGCUUAGUUAACUAAAGUAGCAAUGAUAGCGGUUGCACUGGCAUGUGACUCUGACCUUAACAUAUUCUUUAUCCGAAGAAAUUAUACAAAAUGAACCUAUCUAAUGUGUUUGCAGGAAGAGGGUUUUGAGUUUUCGUACUCCUUUUAGAAAAGCUUCGAGUAGCAUGAAGGGCCAUGAACACAAGAUGCCAAGAAUGGAGGACAUUCUUAACCUUCCUGUCCAAGAUCCUCCAGCUGCAGAGUUUUCUGCUGCUCAUUUGAAAUGGGUAAAAGUAGAUGGCGGGCGGCACGGUGGUGACAAUAUCGCUCUUAUUCCAUUUGCUAGAGUGGAUGAUUUUGUAAAAGGAGAAUCCUCAAAUCCAGAAUGCCCUGCUAGUUUCCGCGUUGAAUCAAGAAGGAAGAGACCUGAGGGGAGCAUUAGUAAACCAAGAGUUGAUGGCUAUCUUGAGUAUACUUUAUACUGGUGUUCUUAUGGUCCGGAAGAUUUCCGAGACAGCCAAUCUAGUUUGGAGGAUGGGUUAAACGUGAAGCCUGCAUCAGGAAAGGGAAGCAGGCCUGGAAGACGUCAUAUGAUGAGAGGUUGUGUUUGCCAUUUCACUGUAAAGCGCUUAUACACCAAACCCCUACUUGCUCUCAUAAUUUAUAAUCAAAGAACGCAUGUAGAUAAAUCAGGGGCCCCAUGUCAUGGUAUACUUGAUCAAGAUGCGUUGGGGACAAGAGCCAUGUAUGCCCCUCGAAUAUCCGAGGAUUUACGUCAAAAAGUGAUGUCAAUGCUUUAUGUUGGAAUCCCUUUGGAUAAUAUAAUUCAGCAUCACACAGAGGUUGUCCAAGGGCAUGGAGGACCACAUAACCGUGACGACUUCCUAACUCGGAAUGAUGUUCGUAACAUGGAAAGGGUAAUUCGUAAUUCUUCACAUGAGUUACUUGAAGAUGAUGAAAGCAGUGUUAAUAUGUGGGUUCAACGCCAUCACAAACAUGUUUUCUACUUUCAAAGUAACUCCGGUUUGGAACCAUUCAUUUUGGGCAUACAGACGGAUUGGCAAUUGCAGCAGAUGCUCCGUUAUGGGCAUAAUGGCUCUAUGGCUUUCCAUUCAAUGUUUGGUUUGAAGAGACUUAAGUAUCCACUGUGUACUCUUCUUGUUUUCGAUCUAUCACAUAAUGCAAUUCCAGUUGCUUGGAUUAUAUCAUCCUCUUUUUCCAGCCAAGAUAUCCAGAAGUGGAUCGGGUUACUUGCUGAAAGAAUACGAACCAAGGACCCUGGAUGGAGACUCAAUUCCUUUCUAGUGGACGAUUCUUCAUUGGACAUUUCUAUAAUUAGAGAGGCCUUCCAAUGCAGAGUUCUGUUAUGCAUAUGGCAUGUUCGACGUGCCUGGAUAAGAAGCCUCUUAAAGAAUUGCUGCAACAUUGAUGUACAGCAAGAGAUGUUUAAGCAAUUGGGUUGGGUUUUGUAUUGCACAAGAAGUGGACAACACUCCAUGGAUGCGCUUGAUGACCUUAUGCAAGUAUUUGUUGAUCAAUGUACAUUUAUGGACUACUUUAAGAGGCGAUGGUUACCAAACAUAGAAUUGUGGAUUAAUGGCAUCAAGUCUCUUCCUGUUUCAAGUCCAGAACCCAAUGCUGCAAUUGAGUCCUAUCACUUGAGGUUGAAAUUGAAGCUUUUCGAUGAGCUGCAUGCUAAUUCUUGGGCACGAGUUGAUUGGUUAAUUCACAAACUUUCAACAGAACUUCAUUCCUUAUAUUGGUUGGAUCAAUAUAGUAUAGAAACUGGGUGUUUUGAAAAUUUGAGGGACAAAUCUUUUUCAAUGAAUGCAUGGUGCCAAGCUUUGAACAUCCCAGAUGUCGAUGUCGUACUAGAUGAGCACAAUCUCCAGCUUGCAAAAGUCAUCUCUCAAACAGACAGAAACCUGGCAUACUCGAUUUGGAACCCUGGCUCUGAAUUUUCACUAUGUAAUUGCCCCUGGUCAAGGCUGGGAAAUCUGUGUAAGCAUGUCAUCAAAGUGGCAAAUUUAUGUAAAAGUCGGCAGGUUGCAAGGCCACUACUGGCUGCUCAAGUUUAUAGGCAGACAAUGCUUACCCUUCUGCAGAAUACCCCGGAUGAUCCUCUAGUUCUUGAUCAUGCCAUUUUACAUGCAACCCGAUUGCAGCAUGACAUCAAAAGCUUAGAGGAAUUGUCUAAUAAUGGGUUGCUCCAACCUUUACCGACUGAUAUUAGUUCUCAUGCUGCAGAGAACAUACUUUCUCCUUAUCUUUAUUAAAAUGGACUACUGAAAGGAAAUGCUCACGUGCCUUUGGUGUUUCGCAAGUCUGCGAGGUGAUCUUUGGUCUGCUGCACAUAGUCAAGACUGGAGAAAGUUUGAAAUUUGCGUCUGCAUGCGUUGAUGUAGUGUUACACGUAAACUGGGACCAUGGAGGUAACAUUCUAUUUAGUUGAUGUGUAGAGGAAUAGAUUGAAAUGGAGGUUCAGCCUUCAGGAUGUGUAGACUUAGGACAGGUACUAGUUGAUGGCUGGUCUAAAGGUGUUGGAAUUGAUGAAUGAAGUUUAUGAGUAUUUGGCUGAUUCAAAUCUAUAAAUCAUUCCCAAUUUUGUGAUUUAUGGUUGUAGUUCUCCUCUUGAAUCACAAAGUUGGAGAAGUAUUGAAGGUGUUCAAAGAAAGUUACAUCCAUUGAGUAAAAAUUUCUUGGAAGUAAGACAAUAACAUUUGUAUGUAUCCCUUCUUGUUGGGUGAGUAUCCAAUAAAGAUACAUUUUGUGGCUCUUGCAUCAAAUUUACCUCAAUUUUGACUAUGGAUAUGAGCAAUACAGUAUAUCCUAAGACUUUGAGAGGAAUUUGUGAAACCAAAUGAGAUUUUGGAAAGUAUUCAAGGAACGUUUGCAUUGGAGUUCUGAACUUUAGAAUUCUAGAAGGCAUUCUUAUGAAGUAGGUUGCAGCAAGAAUCGCUUCCCCACAAAAUCUCUUAGGAAUAGUAAAAGUGAAGAGCAAUGAUCGAGCCACCUCAAGAAGAUGUCUAUUUUUGCAUCUGCCACUCCAUUUUAUUGUGGUGUGUCCAUGCAUGAACGUUGAUCAACGAUCCCAUUAUAAACAAGGUAAGGGCCAAGAGAGGAAUUGAAGAAAUCUCUUGCAUUAUCUGUUUUGAGCACUUGAAUAUUCAUUUGGAAUUGGGUUUGAACUAUAGCAUGAAAGAUUUGAAAAUUUAACUUGUUUCAGAUUUUUCUUUCAUAAGAAAAGUCCAACUUAGGCUUGUGUGAUCAUCUGCCAAUAACAAGAACCAUUUGACACCAGUGAUAUUGGAUAUUUUUGUAGGUCCCCAAAUAUCAUCAUGAAUGAGAGAGAAAGGAUGAUUUAUAAGGUUGA